AUUUCAUUUGCCGUCUCUUUUCUUUUUACGCUGAGUAAUCUCCAAAGAAUCAGUUAUCAGUCAGCUAGCUUAUCUAAUCAGCAAGACAAAAGACGGACAGCGAGAAACGACGACUCAGUGAUGAAUUGGAAUGUGUGAGACACGUACCCUGAACCGUGCAUUCAAUUCAUUAUAAAGACAAGAUGAGUCUCUGUCGCUCAGUGCCAAUUCAUUAGAUAGCUUGGAAUUGAUUAUUCAUAUCAUUUAGCAAUCGUUAAGUUGAUCAAGCUGAAUAAGUAACCGGGCAAAAUAAUACGGGAAGAUAAUUCAAAUCCUUCACUAAAUGGCGGAAGAAGUCAAUCCACCUCAUCGUAGGCCUCCGGUCCCACUUCCCAGGAAGAAUAUUCCUCAGAAGCAAACAUCUACAGAACAGAACACUCAGGAGGCCAUCGCUAAACCUCAGGGUAAAGCGAAAGGAGCUUAUUCUAAAAUAAAAAGUAUUCUUGGCAAGCAGGAAGUAGAAAAACCAAAAGUGCCUCCUCGACCUUCAGCGCGUCCUCAGCAACCGAAGAAUAUCUACCCACAAGGCAGUCGGCAUCAAAAACAGCCACCACGUUCAGGACCAAAUGUAAACCAUGGAAGCAGGAAAGGCAAACCGGGUGAAUUGAACAGAACUUCAGCAACGGGUCCCGCCAGGCCAAUCUCCACACCGUACGAAUGGCCGUCACAGAGCAACGUCAUUUCUGCGAGCACGAAAGGAGGCAAAAUAUCCUCACAUGAACAACUUUUAGAGGUCUCACAAGCAGCACUGGAGAUGUCAAUUAAGGCCAAGCGUGACGCAGAAAACUCAAAAUAUCUUGAGGCAUCAAAAAAAUAUCAAGAAUGCCUGAGCGAAAUCGACCGCAUCUUGGAGACUCCACUGAGGAAAUUGAAUCCAUCCACUCGAGAAAUGUCCGAAGCUGAGAAAACCGUUCUGCAAAUGAAGCGGCUGAGGAAACAUGUGCUGCUAGAAUUUUCUGACGCUCAAAGCGCUUAUUGCCUGCCCUCUAAUUUGGAAGCCGCUCCCACGGAAGCUCCUCCUUCUUACAACGAUGUUCUCAUGGAAGAUUUAUUAGAGAACAAUCAAGAAUCUUCUGGAGCACUUCCUGUUUUACUACCUUCUGCCUAUCGUGAGAGUCUGCGAUCGGACGAUACCGGCAUGCUCAACAGUUCAUCAGCUAAGAGGAACGACAUCUCAAGCGGUACUUCAGGUGAUAGUAUUGAUGCUAUGAAAGAACAUCCACUCACAAGCGGAGCUCGACCAGCAGUUAGGAAAAAAAUCAGACCGAUUGAACCUACCAAAAGAAAACCCACCUUUCCAGAUGAUGUCGGCGCCCAUCAUAUUCAGAGAAAAAACUUACCGCUCAACUUGCUCCCUCAGAGUAAAUCUGUUGAUUCUAUUCCAGACUCAGAGUUUGUUACAGCGCAAUCGACGCCAAUUAUGUCUCCUAUGAAGCAAGGUGAAAACAAUGAUAAACAAUCAACAGAACUGAUGCUAGAUGAAGUCAACCAUUACUUUUCAAAACCAAAUUCUGCUUUUGUAGACCCAUUUUUACAUAAAAACCCGUUUGCUUCAGAAUUCGAAGCACCUGUUAGCUUUAAUUAUAGUGAUAUAUUCGACGAGAGCAACUUAGAUUACCGAGAAGAAGCUGUUUCUCAAGAAGUAUCAUAUCUCACUGAAUCAUUCGAUGAUGUUAAAGAUGCGAGCAACGCUGCAAGUAAUCCUUUCACUCAAGCAGACUCUAAAUCUGAGAACAUCUCGCCUGCUCUGGGGCCGGAAAGAGAGGUGGCAAAGACAGAGGAUAUCUUCGAAGAGCUGACUCAGGAAAUGAGGAAAAAAUUGUAUGGGCAUGACGGCGAAACUUCUGCAGCCCAUGGAGAUCAGAAUCAGGCAAAUAUUAAUUUUCCAAAAGUGUCAAAAACUAAUAAUGGGGGCACACAGUCUACAGGUCUAGUUACCUUUGAGCAACCAACUGAUGAAAAGGUUGUAAACCAAUCCACUAACUUGGAAACGAGCUACUGUAAGAGGAAUCAAUUAUCCAAAUCGGUGAUGAACCUUCCUGAAUCAGUAACUUCUACUCCAAACUAUGCAAAUCGUCACCCGCUGACUAGGCUGAAGAAGAUGAGUAGAUCAAAUGAGUCUCUUCUUCGCAUGUUCGAUCCAAUUAGGGCAAAUGGAAAUGUAACUAUGGAUAGGAGCUUAAGAAUAGGUGAAGAACAUGAAGCAGCAAGAUCCAUGGACAGGAAUGAGGAUGAAUUCGCAAGCCAGAUUUCCAUGGCAGAGCAUCCUACUAUGAUCGAAGUUUCUGAUAAUACUAACGAUAUUUUCAACCAGAAUGAAUCCCCUGAUGAAGAACUUAAUAAUUCACCAGAUGUGAGCGACACAAGACGCUCGUUGUAUCCAAGCAUACCCAUCAUCGAGCUUGGAGGUUCUGCAAACACUUAUGAGCCUAGCAAGGUGGAACUGAGUGAACCACAAUCCGGAUCAGCAUCGUUCUCGGAUAACGUCCAUGACGAGCGGAACAAGAAGACGUCCAUGACGACCAAGAACAUUGUGGGCCCAAAACCAAACAUGAACAACGCACCGACGAAACCAGGACGUAAAAAAGUAUCAAGUAUCGUACGAUUCAACAACCCCGAAGAAACACAGGAAGAAAAAGAUUCUGUUACCAUCGGCCGUUCGGCUUUCUAUUCCCAAGAAGAUUCGUCAUCACCCAAUACGUCAACGGAACCACGCGACGUGGCAGAAGCCGGGGGACGAGACGCAGCUCAGUGGCAGGAGAUAUUCCACGUGCGGGAUGCAGUCAAGCUUUUCUUCCUAUCGUCUGCAGGAGUGUCAUCGCCCUUCAACAGGCAGACCAUUCAGCUGCUCAGGAAAACAUCGACCACGCGCAGCUCCCCGGAAAAGGCUCGUCUUGAGGUCGGAGGGGAGUUGUUCGCUCGGAACUUCGAGGAGAAGAAAACACGCGUCUUGAUGGACAGACACGGCGACUACAUCAUCGAGGCAGCUGAAGGGGUUUUCAUUUGCUUGGCGCCGACUUCAAAGCUGAAGGCUUCGCAGGUUCAGGAUUUGGAGAAAGCAUUCGAAAUUUACACGCACAUGGCGAGAGAACCUCGGAGCUUCAGCCUCGGCGGCAACGUCGACAGAGCUGCAAACAACAUAGGGAAGGCGAUGCCCAGCGUCUCGAAGGCUACGAAGUUCAUGAAGAGUCACUCUGUUCGAGCUAUGAAGAAACUUCGGAGCGCAAUAGGGACGGAGGAGACGCAGCAGGAAAUUGGUCCCGAGUUUGCAGCCCUGCAGGACGCGAGUGCUACAUUCAGACAGGCCCGGAACUCCAAACUUGUCAACUUUUUCUAAAGUCCUGGCAUUCACCGCCACCAUCACUAGUCUUCUGCACCACAAACAAGCUUGUGGCCGAUACGCAUCAGCCGAACGCUUCUUAAUAUUCAUGUUGAUGCAGAAUUUAAAUCAUUUCAUGAUAUCAUUCAUGAUACCAUUUAAUUUAACUUACACGUAGCGUAUCUAAGGUUAAUUUUACUUGACCAAACUUGCCCGUAGCCACGAUGAGCCUUAAUCUAGCAAUAGCCCGGCAUACUCCCAGCAAACAAUGACCAAGAAUUAUAUUGAAAAUUAUAAAUCGUAAAAAAAUGUAUACGUGAUUGCUUCUUAAGUGUUUUUUUUGUGUACUUGCGGAGAAGCUUGAUCCCAAAUCACAUAUCAAAAUGAGUACAGAAGCUAGCCGCCAAUAUGGUACCACAUUCCCAAUUUUUCAUACGUUCGCUGUCUCAUAACGUUGAUUUCAUGCGGCGUGAACAGCUCCCGAGCACCAUUCGCGUGUAAAUUAAACCUUUACUUGUUUAUGACAAAUAGAAUUAUGUGCGCAAAAAUUGGUUACAUUCAAGAUUAAGCUUCGAUCCUAUCAAGUUAUAAGACAAGUUUUUAAUGCUUGAUGAAUGAUUCCGAUAAAUUAGACGUAAAAGUAUUAAUACGUAGGAUUUACUGAAUUUGAUCAUUUGAUACCUUUGAGGUAAAUUCAGUAUGAUUAAAAUAUAUUCUCGACCCGUA